UGUUGACAACAGUCUGGCCGUCCGGAGUAACGGUAGCCCUGGUUGUCUGGCUGCAGCGGCGUUUGUUUUGAGUCCAGCAGCGGUUAGUAACGGGGGGGUGGUGGUUCCGGCGCCCGUUGUUCAGGCUGCCGGUGCGACCGCUCGCUGGCUGGCCGUCUUUUAGAUGGAGUUUCGGGUGAAAAGAUGAUCGCUUCACUCUCGAGAGGAAGUUUGCUGGACGAGGUUCUCCACGGGGGCUACAACGAGCAGCAGCUGGCAGCCUACGUUUCCUGGGUGAACUCUCAGCUGAGGAGGAAGCCCGGCCUGCAGCCCAUCGCGGACCUCAGGCGCGAUCUGCAGGACGGGGUUGUGCUCGUACAACUGAUCGAGAUCGUUGCUGGUGAGGUUCUGCAGGGAGUCUACGUACCUCCACUAGACAAAGAGGAAAGCAGAAAGAAUGUGGAGGAAGUCUUGCAGUUCAUUUCCUCUAGAAACAUACGCAUGCCCCACAUAUCCGCAAAAGACAUCGUCGAUGGCAACCUGAAGUCUAUAAUGAGGAUCAUUCUGGCUCUGGCGGCCCAUUUCAAACCCUCAGCCAGCCAGAGGGCCGCAUCUGGGAGUGGGCGGAGCUUAACCCGAGGCAGCACAAGCCACAAUCCUCUCUCCACGGUCGCGUUGGCCCAAGGGGCGGCUGCUGCUCUGGCCUCGGCUCGCCUGGACGCCUCGCUGCCGACGCGUUUUGCACGCAUCAACAGUGGCUGGGGGUUAGAUGGAGAAAGGAGCAUAUGUGUCCGUGCGCUGGUCCAGCAGUAUGAAAGGGGAGUCCCAGAUGAGCAGGAGAACUCCCACCCGUGCAGCCUUAGCGCCGUCACCCCACUGUCCUCGCCAAGAAGUCAGCAGAGCAGCAGCUCCAGCCGACAGACGCACGACAGCGGGCGGGAGCAGGAGAGCAGCGAGGAGUCCUCUAAUGCCGUCGACCAAACGCCAUUGGACGAUUCCCUCAGUGAGACCUUGGAGAAGGAGGUGCAGGAGACACGGAAGAUGGUGUCCGCGUUGCAGGCUCUGUUGCUGCACGGCUCUCUCCCUGAGGAUGAACAGGAUGAGUCUUUGACGUUGGAGCCAGUCAAUGCUGAUCAACAGCUGGUAGUCGUCCGCAGCCGUUUGGAUCAGAGCAUGGAGGAGGUCGCAGGGCUAAAGAGAGAGCUGUUGCUCUGUAAGCAGGAGAUCAGAAACCUGCAGGCGGUCAAGGAGGCCCAGCAACAGAGGCUGUGCUCUCAGGAAGCCUCCAUCCUGCAGAUGAAGCAGGAGCUGCUCCGAGCUAGCAUGACAAAAGACGAGCUCAACCACCAGAAUGCAGAGCUGAAGUGGAAGCUGGAGGAAUGCAACAGGCUGCGGGGCGAAAGCAAGAAGGACGGCGGACAGAAGGACCGGUUACUGCAGCAGUUCAAGCACAAACUGGAAGAGAGCCAAAGACUCCAGGCUGAAGCGCAGAGAGAGUUGGAGCAAAAAAACGGCAUUCUGCAGGAGCUAAUGAGGAAAAAUCUGCAAGAGAUCCCGACUGACUCAGAAAACAACGGAUAUUCUUACCCUGGAAACUCAACCUCUUCUGUGUCAGGUCAGGCAGAGGAGGUCCAGCUGGUCCGGGACGCACUGAGGAGUCUGAGGAACAGCUUCAGAGACCACGACCCGCAGCACCACACACUGGACACCCUGGAGCAGGGAAUAGUGUCGCUCAUCGACAGACUGCAUGUCGUGCACACUCACAGGGGAAGAGGGAAAUCUCCAAGACGGAAGGAUCAACACACAAAUUUGGACUCUUGGACUUCCUUCCAGAAUUGUCAGUCGCUCAACGGUUCUCCUGCCUCUACAAAAAUCCUUUACUUUACUGGAAACUCACCGACACCCUCCAUGAUCAAUAUACCUAAGAGGCUGGGUGAGGUAACUCUGAAGGAUGUAAAGGCGGCUGUUGACCGAGAGGGAAACUACAGGUACCACUUCAAGGCUCUGGACCCAGAAUUUGGCACUGUAAAAGAGGAGGUGUUCCUGGAUGAGGCGAUUGUUCCAGGCUGGGAGGGAAAAAUAGUGGCCUGGCUGGAAGAGGACCGCGGUGAGGAGAGACCUUUGUAGAUUCGAGCGGAGCAGCUACAAACGUAUCCGCCUUUUGUUAAAACGAUCCCAGAGGCACAUCAAGCUGUAUAGGAAACUGCACGGUAAUGGAGACUGGACCAAUUAGCGCAACACUGUAGGGACGGCGACGCUUUGAGCUAUUGAGCAGGAACUGAACGUCUCUGCUGUCUGUGCAAGUAUCUCACACCUAGAAAGUAAAAAAAAAAAAAAAAAAAAAAAACGUUGUGCCUUACAGAGCAAAGCUGUUUUCUCAUGUUCCUAAAACUGCCAUACUGUAACUGUUGUUAAAAAAAUCAUCAAGCAGUGUUUUUUUUUUACUUACUUAGAAAUGAGGUCUCUAUGUGGAACCAGGUGGAAAUAAAUAUUUUCAGUUUUUAGAACAUGUUAACCUGGUUCUCUUUACACCAGUGAGGCCUUCAAAACACACUUCAUUCAAUUAUCUUUUUAAUAGUUAUAUAAACGGCUGUAUUGGUUUGUGUUUGAAGAAUAUACAUUAUUAUAAACUCCUUUGAGAUUGAAAAAAGCUGUUAGAAAACAGAACAGAGUUGUAUGCAACUGCUUGGAAGAUGGAGGUGACAUUUUUUUUUUUUCUCCCCCAAUCUCACCUGUUUUCUGUAUUCUUGCACUUUUGCGUGCCAUCUGAUAGUAGACAACAUAACAGCUGCAGAUGCAGGAAGUAAACGGCCUUAAUGUAUUUUAGACAAGGCGGGACCCGAGUCCACCGCAGCGUGUAGUGGAAGAGGCUCAAUCUCAAUCGCUGUCAUUGGACAGAAAGAAUAAAUGUUGGUGUAGAAAUGGAGACAAACUCUUCACACUCCUAACUCCAUGUUUUUGUUGUUGUCAUUUUAGAUUUGUUUUUGUGCUUUUACCAUAUUAAUAUUUUGGAUAUUUAUGUUGUUGAUUUUAUUUGUUUAGAGGUUUUUAAAAUUGCCUUUGUUAAAGAUUUUUUUUGUUUGUUUGUUAGUCUGAAGGAAGCUUUCAUUCAGUCUUAGUUACCAUUCCAUUAUUUAUGCUGUUAUUUCUCUGACUGUUCUUCCACUAACAGGCCAACAGAAACAAGUCAGUGUUGUGAAUAGAUUGUAUUUAAAUGCCAUGACUGCAUGUACAGUAAAAUGUACAAUUUUCUGGUGAGAUGGUUAUUUUCCUUUUUUUGGGUUUGUUGAGGGUUUUUUUUGUAUGGAUGUUGAAAGUUUGCGGAGGAAAAGCGCUUUGUUUAAUGUUUGAUAUUUUGAAAUAAAGUUUUUGUAUGCCAUUUUUUUAA